UUUCUUUUACGAAUUUGCACAUUCACUGUAUUUUAAUAAUGUCGUAUAAGAUUGAUAUUAUCGUUGUAUUGUUAACUCUGUUGUACGUUAACUUAUUUAAUGGAUGUUCUCUAAAAGACAAAGUAACGAUCAGUAUGUCGGUCAUCUUGUUCGUAAUUUCCAUGAUUGUAAUAGUGGACUACAUUCAUGCAGCAUUCAAUAUAUUCGAAACAAUAAGAUUUCUCGUGUCGAUUAUUUUAGCGACGAUAAUUUUGUGGACUUGGGAAACAUGUAGAUGGUUCAGUGAAAAGGUACUCGGUGUGGAUCGAAGGCAUUGGAACGUACAAUCCGACCUGUAUUUGUUCUUCUUCGAAACUCUCUUAUUUUCUUUCACCUUAAAGUUCACAGAUUUGAACGUCGUGAAGAUUUGGAAAGAGCAGGGUUACAUAACAGAAUAGAACGACGUUGUUUUGUUACAGUAUUGUAAAGAGCGUCUUGUACAAGAUUCAUUAAUCGACCGUCUUCUCGUAUUCUAAAGAUUAAUUUGAAAGAUAUUUUAAUUUCCGUAUUUAUAAACUUUUAAUUGGGUAACAUUUUAUACUGUUGUUAAUGAAUUUUAUGUAUUGUAUGUAUAAUAACUUUUUCUACCUUUUGUGUAAAUUUUGAUCGCAGAUAAAUUUGUAUGUUUGAACAUUGCAAUUAUUAAGUCUUAUUUGAUUUAGAUAAAAAAAACGAGUAUUUAAGUCAGAAAGAUUCCACGUGAAAACGUUUGUCUUGUCCCAUAAAUUCAAUAUUAACUUUGACGGCAUUUCUCUAUCUUCAAACAAAUGUUCUUUUUUGGAUUUAUGCCUGUCUCUAAUGCACAUACUCCAAAUGCCAAUUAUUUGAACCAAGUUCGAAAACAAACGAGUGACUCCAUCUGAUAUUCAAU